ACCUCGGGCGGAGCUCGGAGAAACGCGCGCUUAAUUUUAGUUUGUGUUGGUUGGACAGAGAGGAGGAAGAGGAGGAGGAAGGAGAAGAAGAGGAGGAGGAGGCCAGGGGGAGGCAACAGCUGCAUUUCCCCCCCUCCAUUUGUACCAACGGGCACGUUUCUUGGGAGCAAACACAGGCGGGUAUAACUGUCCUAUCAGCUCCAUAAUCAGGUGUUUGUGACAGUUUCUACCAAAUUGUCUUAAUUAAACUCAGACAACAUCUCCAAUCCUAAAAUGAUAUGGUAUGGACAUCAAGGAAAGAGGAAAAACAUGUCGAUGAGUAAACAGCCAGAGAGUCAAAUUGUGAAGGGAUCUCGUCCUCCUCGUCUCCAAACCAUGCUCUUCAUCGGCCGCUCAUUCAUUCGCUAAUUCGACGGGGAAAUGUUGUAAAUCGACUGGCCAGCAUCUUAUUUCGGCGCUACCUUUUGGGGAAAGGAGGAGAUCCUUCACCGCGGACAAGACAUUCAGGGAUGGACUCCUCCCACUCCCACUCUGGUUGUUAAUGGUGAACAGGUUAUAGCAGGGGGGUUAUUUUGGACAAUCAGCAUCAGAAUUAAAAGAAGAAAGGAGAAGAUCCCCAGCUCAGACGUGAACCAGGGCCGUACGUGUGCUGGAGGCGAGCAGAGCCAGGAUGUGAGAGAGAUCUGUCGGACUUGUUUUGGGGACAACCGGUGGUCGCGGAUCCGCGGCUGUACGUGCAUGGGGACGGCGGUGGAGAGAAAACCGGGUUUUGAUGCGCAAGAACGAAAGUGACGCGCCAGCCAGCCAGCCAGCCGCCCACCUUCACCAUCACCUUAAACUACAUCUCUCUUUCAUUUUAUUUGAUUUUAUUUUUUUGAGACAGCAUUUUUUUUUCUACUAAAACCUCUAGACUCUGAAGUCUCGCGGGAUAUUAAGGAAUUAAAAAAGGGUGAUUCCAAAAAAACCAAGCAGCGGAGGAGAGCAGAUUAAACCGCCUAUAUGAAGAUGCUGAUGUGUGACCGCGGCGUGCAGAUGCUCGUGACGACGGUGGGCGCGUUCGCCGCCUUCAGCCUCAUGACCAUCGCCGUGGGCACCGACUACUGGCUGUACUCGCGCGGGGUCUGCCGCACGAAGAACAGCGGAGACAACGACACGAGCCGCAAGAACGAGGAGGUGAUGACGCACUCCGGCCUCUGGCGGACCUGCUGUCUGGAAGGAACUUUCAGGGGUGUAUGUAAGAAGAUUGAUCAUUUCCCAGAGGACGCCGACUAUGAAGCAGAUGCUGCUGAAUACCUCCUCCGUGCUGUACGUGCCUCCAGUAUCUUCCCCAUCAUGAGUGUGGGUCUGCUGUUCCUGGGGGGCCUCUGUGUGGCUGCCAGUGAGUUUUACCGGAGCAGACACAAUGUCAUCCUCAGUGCAGGAAUCUUCUUCGUAUCCGCAGGCCUCAGUAACAUCAUUGGAAUUAUUGUCUAUAUCUCAGCCAAUUCGGGCGACCCAGGUCAAAGCGACAGCAAGAAGUCCUACUCCUACGGCUGGUCCUUCUACUUCGGGGCCCUCUCCUUCAUCAUGGCCGAAAUGGUGGGCGUGCUGGCCGUGCACAUGUUCAUAGAGAAGCACCGCAAGCUACGGGCCAAGUCCCGCACCGAGCUCAUAAAGAAGUCUGCCUUCAGCCGCAUCCCGUCCUACCGCUACCGCUUCCGACGCCGCUCCAGCGUGCGCUCCUCCGAGGCCCCCAGCCGCGACGCCUCGCCACUGGGGAAAGGCGGCUACACGGGGCCCGCCGCCUCCGAGAUGCCCAUGUACACGCUGAACCCGCGAGAGGCCGGCAAUGCCGGCUCCAAGCUCGGCGGCGGCAUGGGCGGGCUGCUCAACUCGGAGAGGGAGUUCCUCCAGAGCAGCACGCUCACUAAAGACUACAGCAAAGACCCCAACCGCAGGACCACACCAGUCUGAGAGGCUCUGGGGAUCAUCCAAUCUGAGUAUCAGCGAGGAGGAUACAGGGGGGAUGCGAGCAAACAGAGGGGAUACACAGGGUUUCAGGGGUGGGUAGGGGUUUGAUAAACUACGAC